CCAGGGUGCGCCAUGAGCGGCUUAAUAGCCGAUGCAAAGACUUUAAUCGAUAAAGCAAGAGUGGAGACCCAGAAUCACUGGUUCACCUACAACGAGACCAUGACAGUGGAGAGCGUGACGCAGGCCGUGUCCAACCUGGCGCUGCAGUUCGGGGAGGAGGACGCAGACCCAGGGGCGAUGUCUCGUCCGUUUGGCGUCGCGCUGCUUUUUGGAGGAGUUGAUGAGAAGGGACCCCAGCUGUUUCACAUGGACCCGUCGGGGACGUUCGUUCAGUGCGAUGCCAGAGCCAUCGGCUCCGCCUCGGAAGGGGCCCAGAGCUCUCUGCAAGAGGUUUACCAUAAGUCGAUGACGCUGAAAGAAGCCAUCAAAUCUUCCCUCGUCAUCCUGAAACAAGUUAUGGAGGAGAAACUGAACGCAACCAACAUCGAGCUUGCCACGGUGGAGCCCGGGAUGAAGUUCCACAUGUACACGAAAGAGGAGCUUGAGGAGGUCAUCAAGGAUAUUUGAAAAGGAGAGAGACUCCCUCAAAGGCUCAUUUCCCCCCCCCCGAUCAAAGCGAACUGGCUCUCGGUUCCUUCCAGCACCCGCGAUUUCAUUUUCCGGCAGCAUCUGUAAUUGCUCUUCUUAGAAGGCUCUUGAGGUUUUUUUACAGUUUCUGUACAUAACUGAUCUCUACAAUAAGAGGAAAUGAGAAUAAAUCAUUUUGUU